AUGGAAAGCAAUCUACACGUGAUAUCAAAGAAAGUGUGGAAUAUGGUACGUGUUGCGUUCUUCAUGCUGAAAAAAGGCAUAUUAAAGAGAAAACUAAUGAUGGAUCUUAACAUGAUGCUCAAACGCCGCGGAAAACUAGCCGGAAAAGCCAUUGUAAAUCUAAUGUUCCAUCAUCAUAACCACCACAACCCCGGCAGCUCCACCUCAAGCCGACGAUCCCGUGUCUCAAACCACCAAUUCAUCACCUCAACAGAGUAUGAAUUUAGCUGCAGCAACACUCCCAACCACUUCUUCUCAAUAGGGAAGCGUCAUCAUAGCCACAAGCACAAUAAUCAAGCACCACCUACACGUGAUGAUGAGGUGAUGACUAUAAAUUCAAUGAAAGCAGUGUUGGAGAUGCUUAACAACGAACAAGCGAUUGUAGAAGCGUCUCCAGCACUGCCCGGAUUCGGACGUAGUCCAAUGGUGAGGCAAUUGAGGGUGACUGACUCACCUUUCCCUUUAAGAGAUGAUGAUGAGAAGGACAAUCAAGUUGAUAAAGCAGCUGAAGAUUUCAUAAAAAGGUUUUACAGUCAAUUGAGGAAUCAAGAUUGA